UUCAUCAUCUGCACUCAGACUUCUGCAGCCAUGGUUCUCAGUGGGACUCUGAGAGUGGUCCUGCUCUGUCUUCUCUCUCUCUGUCUGAGAGGAACUGAAGUUAAGCGGGUAAACCAGAACAAUCUGGCUCUCAUCAUCAGAUACAUUCAGUCCCAAUACAGUCCAGGUGACCAGUAUGCAGUGGCCAUCAACAUCCCAGCUAAAUUCUGCACUAAGACAUUCAACCUAGACGACUUUAAGAGUGUCCUGAUGAAUGAUUUGCCCGAUAAUGUGAAAGAUGUCAUGAAAGGUCCUAGCAAGGUAUACAGUGGGACUCAGCUGAUUGGUGCAACACCAUUACCAGAUACCAAGAGCCCUGUUAACCGCAAAACAAGGAAACAUCCCAACUUCCACUCUGAGUACCUCCUGCUGAUUAAAUCAACUCCAUUAGCAACAGAUCCUAAUCCCAAUGAUCCACUCAUGCAGAAGCUCCUGAACAGAGACCCACAGGGCUGUGUGAUCUUCUACACCUACAACUCCCCCUGUAUUCGUACCUGCUUAAACGAGAAAAAUAAAGAACGUAACAUUCUCACUGCCCUCAACAUGCUUAGAGAUCACCAAGGUCCCAAGGCUUUUGUCUACAACAAGAUAUUUCAUUACGAUCAAAACAACACUGAUCUGGAGAAAAACCUUAAAAAAAUAGAAGGAAAAGAUGAAAAGUUUCUCUACCGCUGUUCUUGUUAUAGUAAAUAUAAUAAUAAUAAUAAUAAUCAUAAUUAUAAUGAUAAUGAUAACAGUAUUUGUUACAUGUGUCAGCUUUGCUUCAGUGAAGAUGAAGCAGCUGAACAAUGCCUGAACUAAAGUUCACAAUCUGAUGGAUGAUCACUGUGUGUGAAAUCCUGCUGUGCUUAAACUCUGUCGCUCACUCACUGAGAGAGAGUCACUCUUCUGCUCUUCUUCCUGCUCUCAUUGGUCUCUGAUCACUGAUCAUUACCAAUAAAUAAACUCAGCAAACUGCAUUGA